AAGACUUCUCCACGUGAAGCCGUGGAGACUGGGUUGGCCUUCCGGGAUCUGACUAGUUCCCCGGAUUUCCCCAAAUGCAAGCUACAUCUUUACCCCAGAUCCACCAAUCACCGUUGGUCGGUCUCCAUUGACGCGAUGGUGGGACGGUAAUAACCGAGUCGGCCGUCUGGUAUGACAACUGGCAAGGGAAAAUAUUUGAAUAUGUGUUCCUCCCCCUCCUUCGGUUCUGUCGAAGCCAGUGUCAUCGUGAGAGCUCAGUGCAAACUUACUCUCAGGAAUGAUUCACUUCCCCCACUUUCUUCUCGCUCCUCCGCUGUUCCCCUAGCUCUCUCCAGGAUACAUCACGCUGAACCGGCUCAGAAUGGCAGCAAACGCUCAGGCUAGCAGCGCGCAGAAGGUCGCUGAUAGGGAACUGGAAGAGAAGCUGGGCCACAAUGCUAUUGUUGACGCCAAACAAGCCACAGACGAUGAACAUGCGCAAACCCUCUGGCAGGGUUUACGUGAGAACCGGAGGGCUGUCUUGUGGUCUGUCUUGAUCUCUAUGACAAUCAUCAUGGAAGGGUAUGACACUGUUCUCAUCGGUAACUUUUUUGCCUACCCAGAAUUUCAGAAGAAAUUUGGACGAUACUUUGACACUGUCGGCUGGCAAGUUACAGGGGAAUGGCAGACAGCCCUGAAUAUGGGGAGCACUGUCGGUGCGAUCGUUGGAGGGUUAAUCAACGGCUACAUAGCCACAAGGUACGGCUAUCGAUGGACGAUGAUAGUAUCACUUGGAAUACUCAACGGGUUCAUCUUUGUUGUCUUCUUCGCCUCCAGCGCGGCGGUCCUACUUGUCGGCCAGAUUCUCUGUGGUCUAUCCUGGGGCGUCUUUGCAACACUGGCGCCUGCUUACGCAUCCGAGGUCUGCCCAACCAACCUGCGCGGUUACCUGACCACUUAUGUAAACCUCUGUUGGGCCACGGGUCAACUAAUAGCCUCCGGCGUCCUACGCGGAUGUCUCGGUAUACAAGGCGAGAUGGGCUACCGUAUUCCGUUCGCUAUCCAGUGGUUAUGGCCCGUGCCCCUGAUGGCUAUCUGCUUCUUAGCCCCCGAGAGUCCUUGGUGGCUAGUCCGCUCCGAGAAUCUCGAACAGGCCAAACGAUCCAUAGCGAGGCUUGCCGGCGAGAAGACGGAAGAGCAGAUAAAUAAUCAACUUGCUAUGAUGGUUCAUACCAUCCAAAUGGAGGCUGAAGUGACCCGAGGCGCUACAUAUUUAGAUUGCUUUAAGGGUGAUAACCUACGACGCACUGAGAUUGUCUGCGUCGCAUUCAUGGGUCAAAUUCUUUCUGGAAGCAGCUUCGCUUACACACCAACCUACUUCUUUACCACUGCUGGCAUGCCUCCCACACAAGCCUUCAACCUUAGCCUGGGCGCGAAGGGGAUCGCGUUUAUCGGAACGGUUUUAUCCUGGUGGCUUAUUUCGUACUGGGGACGACGCCCCCUAUACAUCGGAGGGAUAGGCUCGCUGAGUGUCGUUCUGAUCCUCAUCGGUAUCUUGGAUGUUUCCGCGGGGAAACGAAGCCUCUGGCCUUCGGGAGGUCUUUGCGUCCUCUGGUUAUUCAUCUACUCCCUCACGAUUGGGCCAUUAGCCUACAGUAUCAUCUCCGAGACAUCAUCGGUCCGCCUACGACCCCUGUCUGUCGUUCUUUCACGCACGUCCUACCAAAUAAUUAAUAUCAUCUCGCAGUUCCUUCAGGCAUAUAUGAUGAAUCCCGUCGAGUGGAACCUUCUUGGUAAAACGGGGUUUUUCUGGGGCGGUACCGCCUUCUGCGUCUUUGUUUGGUCGUAUUUCCGACUACCUGAAGUCAAAGAUCGUACGUAUGAGGAGCUUGAUAUCCUCUUCAUGAAUAGGGUUUCAGCGCGGGAAUUUGCCAAAACUCACGUCGACCCAUACGCCACUCUGGGCACAGAAUUGGGAGAAGUAAUGCAGGUUCAGGGCAAAGAGUCGGAACCGAACUGAAAGCGCGGCAAAGGCAUAACACAAGGUGUUCUCGUCCUAUCCCAUGAGCCCUUCAUCGGUUUCUAUAGACGAGUUACAGCAUUAAAGAAGCGUACUUGGCGAAAUGAGUCUAUGUACUACGUUAAUAAGCAGGUAUAUAUGACAUAGGUGCGUAUAGCUGUGGGUCGCGGGGUGUUAAUAUUUUACAGCCUGGCGGGUACUCAGUAUUACUCUCUCAUAGGUACUUGUCACAGGGGCGAGUCCCCCUCCAUGUGUCAUGUCGAAAAGCCAGCUAUAUAACCCUACGUAGUUAUGCAACAAACAAGAAAACGUAGACCUAUUAACA